AUGGAAACCUCAACCAAAGCGACCGCGUUGGAGACGCUGGACAUGGGUAUAGAUCACAGGAAUCCAGGGGCCUCCACACAAGGCGGGACGGUACUGGACGACCAUGAAAUGCAUCGCAUGGGAAAAAUUCAAGAGUUCAAGAGAAACAUGCGACCUCUUGCGGCAUUAAGCUUCGCAUCAAUCUUGCAAGCCACUUGGGAAUUUCUGAUCAUGACAAAAACAUUAACUCCUUCCAGUUCGAACUACCAGGGAUUGGAGAAUGGAGGCCUGUCAGGCAUGUUCUGGUCAUACAUUUGGACAUUCAUCGGAUUCGGGUUCAUCAUUGCGUCGUUGUCGGAAAUGGCUUCAAUGGCACCUACCGAUGGAGGCCAAUACCAUUGGGUAUCGGAGUUUUGCUCGCCUCGAUACCAGAAGUUCCUCAGCUACAUCACUGGCUGGAUAUCCGUACUGGCAUGGCAAGCCGGAACAGCUUCUGGAUCCUUCCUCACCGGCACCAUCAUCCAGGGAUUGAUCAGUGUUCGCAAUCCGGAUUAUGAUCCUAAAGGCUGGCAAGGCACUCUACUGGUAUUCUCAAUGGUUCUGGUCUCAUAUAUUUUCAAUGUCUAUGCGUCAGAGCUGAUGCCAAUCUUGAGUAACGUCUUGAUGAUCCUUCACAUCCUUUCCUGGGCGGUGAUCUUGAUCGUCCUGUGGGCUAUGGCUCCUCACCAAUCUGCUGAAGCUGUUUUUGUCUCGGAUUGGGAAAAUCUAGGAGGGUUACCUACAAUGGGACUGAGUGUGAUGGUUGGACAAAUCUCAGCCAUCUACGGCUGUCUUAGUUCCGAUGCGUGUGCGCAUAUGUCGGAAGAAAUUAAGGACGCCGGCCGGAACGUACCACGCGCUAUGGCCUGGGGAUAUUUCAUCAAUGGAAUCAUGGCUGCCAUCUUGCUAAUUGCCUACCUCUUCGCCACCCCAUCCGUCGUGGAUUCUCUUAACGACGUUACUGGAUUCCCAUUCCUCUACGUGUUCAAGCAGGCUACCAACACGGCAGGAGUCAACGGGUUAACAGCCAUCAUCUUGCUACCUGUCAUUUUCAGCAACAUCAUGUUCAAUGCCUCCACCUCUCGCCAAACGUGGGCUUUUGCUCGUGACAAAGGUCUUCCCUGUUCUCGAUGGAUUUCCAAAAUUGAUCCCAAGCGCAAGAUCCCCGUCAAUGCUAUCGCCCUCACUUGCCUCUUCAGCUGCCUGCUUUCUCUGAUCAACAUCGGCUCUGAUACCGCAUUCAACGCCAUCAUCUCUCUCAACACCGCUGCCUUGAUGUACACAUACGUGAUCUCAAUCACCUGCGUGAUCUGGCGAAAGAUCUGGCAUCCCGAUACCCUGCCUGCUCGUCGGUGGGAUCUGGGACGGACCUGGGGGUUGGCUGUAAACAUCAUUGGCCUGUGUUACUCCGUUUUCGCGAUGUUUUGGUCAUUCUGGCCAGGUGAGCUGCCGGUCACUGCUGUAAAUUUCAACUGGAGUGUCGUGAUCUUUGGGGCGGUUUUCAUUCUUAGUCUCAUCAUGUAUGUCAUCAAGGGACGGAAAGAGUAUUCUGGCCCAGUUGUGAAUGUCAAACAUGAGGACUAG